AAACUAAAACAAACUUAAACCAGUUCUUUUUUCUUGCAUCUUGGUGUGCUGUUCUGUCUAAUUAAUGGGAGGCAACAGCAGCAAGCAAUCAUCGCGCUCAAGCUUCUAUAAAUCACGAAGGUCGUCUCAUAGAGUUCAAGUAGACGACGGCGUAUACACGAGGAAGGCAUGGGCCAGCGACGAGGACAAGCGACAUUGGGUGGCUGAGCCAGGUAUUGACCGUAAAGCUUCUGCCUUCAUCGCCAGGUUCCAUGCCUCUCGUGUCUCUGAGUCCGAGCGCCAAACUCUCCCUCCUUGUCAGUCUCAUCAUAACUAGCCAUCAUCAUAAUCAUAACGACGAUGAUGAUGAAGUAAGAAAGAAGAAGCUAAUGCUUAUUUAGUUUGGUUCAAUAUGUAUUUUCUCUUUACUUUGAUGCUUAUGAUGAUGUCCUUACGUUUAUUUGUAAGAUGUCUUAAAUAUAGCUUAAAGUCAUUCUCUACAAUUAAUAUUACAGAUGAACCUGUCAUGUUAACAUGGGAAGUUUUAUCGAUAAGUUUCAAGUGUUGAUGAAGACUGGCACAUAUAUUUCAAGCAUACUUGUUAAGGAAUGAAGUCUCCCGAUGGUAGUCGGAGAAUUAAUUAGCUUAUAGGUAAAGGGUUUAGU